UUUCUUAAUUAUGACUCCAUUCGUAGUUUCGUACUACAUACCAUUCAAACAUCAUAUCUACGGAUCGAUAAUCAAUGUUCUUCAGAUUCUCAAAUUUAAGAUAGAGCUCAGCGGAAUCCACUAACAGAGUAGAAGAAUCAUCACAUCAGAAAUAACAAUGGACUUAAGUUAAUUAGGAAGCUGCUGCCAUGAGUCGGCUGGCGCCAUUAGCAGAAGUUCCGAGUGCCGGCGAGGAAUUGGGCAACAACUGCUCGAAGAAAUGCCGCACUUGGAGACAGUGGGUGAAAACCCACUUUUCGUCUCUGCACUUGUUCUUCCCCGGCAGGAAACCCGACCACAGGAUCCUCCUCAGUGUUCUUGGAUGCCCUCUCUCCCCUCUUCCUUUCCAUCCCAAACCCCCUCUUUCUCACCAGGUCUCAUCAUCAUCAGAAUACAUUGUACAACACUUCAUGGCUGCUACUGGCUGCCGGAAGCUUGAAGGGAUGGUAAAAAACAUGUAUACUACCGGAAAAGUUGUCAUGGCAGUGGUGGAUGAGCUUGGCUCACCAGGCACCACCACCAAUGUUUCACAGAAGGGUUGCUUUGUUAUGUGGCAAAUGCUUCCUAGCAAGUGGCUAAUUGAGCUAUCUUUGGGUGGUCACAAAAUUGUAGCAGGCAGUGAUGGCAAUGUCGCAUGGCGUCACACGCCCUGGCUCGGAGCUCACGCUGCUAAAGGUGGUGUCCGUCCUCUUCGCCGCGCUCUCCAGGAAAGCUACUCCCACAACUACUCUUUCCUUUCUUUCCACAAAUAAACCUUUAGAAUCUUAAUAUCAAUAAAAUAGAUCAGAGCCUCUUUGGUCACUUUGGUGGACAAAUGAUUUGGCAUUUUAAUCAAUUUUUCACUAAUCACUAAAUAUAAAAUUGCACUCUCCUUGGGGUGAAAAACAGGUCAUGUCAAGCUUAUUUUAUUGUUGUUGUUAGGCCUAAACCUUAUGACUUGUUAUCUAUUAAAUAUUUAAUUUUUUUGGCUUGAGUUUGGCCUGUUUGAGCGGUUUCAUCUUAAGUUGUUUACCAAUCCUAUUACCAAAAACAACUCUGUCCUAUUCGAUAUUGCCAACAUCGAAUUACACGUUGAAUAAGAAAAGUAAAUAUUGUGUGAUUGAAGUAUGCGUAGAAGAGAAUAACCAUUUUCAGCCACUAAUUCAACAUUUCACAGUAUUCAUCCAUUUUAACUUUUAAGACCACACAAAUGGGCUUCCAGUUUGGCCACAUGGACUGAAAUAGCUUAAUUUUACUUGGCAGGGGCUUGAUCCCAUGGCAAUUUCAGCUAUGUUCUCAACGGCAGAGUACAUGGGAGAAAAACAUACAUUGGGAGUUGACUGCUUUGUCUUGAAAUUAUCCUCCAGCCGCACAGACCUCGCUGAGCGUAGCGACAACACGGCGGAGAUGAUAAAACACGUAAUGCUCGGUUACUUCAGCCAAAGAAGUGGUCUGCUCAUUUACUUGGAGGAUUCAUACCUCACCCGAAUCCAGUCACCGGGUUCUUCGGCCACAUACUGGGAAACCGCAAUGAGCACAAGGAUAGAGGAUUAUCGGCCUGUCGAGGGAGUGAUGGUUGCUCAUUCUGGCUACUCAAGUGUCACAAUCACAUCAUUCGGAGACCAUUUGAAGACCGGUCCUGUCACGGUUCGUAUGCAAGAAACAUACACCAUUGAUGAUUUGGCGUUUAAUGUCCCGGGCCUUUCUCUAGACUCCUUCAUCCCUCCUGAAGAACUCCAGAGAGGCUGUCCUGACUCCUGAAGAAAAUGUUCAUUGGAGAUGCCCAUUGCGUCAAUAACAAGUUAUUAUUAGAGGCACUAACUUGAAGUUGUCGACUAUAUAUAGAAGAUGACACUUGACUAAAAGUGUAUAUAUAGGCUAUGCACUUUGGUGGUAAAAACAUGUUCAAAUAUAAUUAUUUUUUGUUAUAUAUAGUUCAUCU